UGAGUUCUGACGAAUACUUGUUUCUUCCUGUGAAGAUUUAAUAUUAAAGCUGUGGAACUUUAAGGUUUGAACGAUUAUGGAGAUUGAUAGGCCUGACGGUCGUACAAGGAAUCAGUUGAGACCACUUGCCUGUUCUCGCAAUAUUCUGAACCGAGCUCAUGGUUCGGCUCGUUGGUCUCAAGGUGAUACAAUUGUUCUGGCUGCUGUUUAUGGGCCAAAAACAGGAACAAGGAAGAAUGAAAACCCUGAGAAGGCUUCCAUUGAGGUAAUUUGGAAGCCCAGAACUGGGCAGGUGGGCAAAGCAGAGAAGGAGUAUGAGAUGAUACUGAAAAGAACCUUACAAAGUAUCUGUGUUUUGACCAUUAAUCAAAACACCACAACCACUGUCAUACUUCAGGUUGUCAAUGAUGAUGGUUCACUUCUCCCAUGUGCCAUAAAUGCGGCCUGCGCUGCCCUUGUUGAUGCUGGAAUUCCUGUAAGGCAUCUUGCUGUUGCCAUUUGUUGUGCUAUGGCAGGAAGUGGAUCUGUUAUUCUGGAUCCCACCAAGCUAGAAGAGCAGCAGAAAAUGGAGGCUUUCAGCUAUUUGGUAUUUCACAAUUCAGUUCUUUCAAUGCUCCCAGAAGGAUCAUUACACGUUGAUGGGGAACCAAUGGAACAUGGAAUCAUUACCUCUGUUACCCAUGGUGUAAUUUCUGUGGAUGAUUAUCUUUACUGCUUAGAACGAGGCCAUGCUGCUAGUGCAAAGAUCUCUGAUUUCCUUAGGAGAAGCUUGCAAUCACACGCCCCAAGUGACCCAUCGAAGGCUGCAUAGCUUCUGACUUGUUCAUUCUGAUAAAGUGACAAGAAUAUAUACUCACAUACCUCAGGUUAACUGUUGGUGGAAUGGCUUUCGUUGUUGAUGCUGGUUCUAUACUUAUUUGGAAACAGCAUCGUCAGAUGUGGUAGGUUUCAGCUAUACUUGUACCAUUGUGUUUGUAUCAGACCAUUUCCUGUAUAAUUCUCGCUAUUCCAGGCAUAUGAGUUUACUAGAUAUUUGAUCAUCUAGAUGAGGAGGAUAAAUCUAAAUGCUACCAGAUUUUGUGAUUUAGACUUU